AUGUCUGAAGCUAUUGAUUUGUCUCUCCUGAAGGGAUCCUCCGAGGAGAGCUUGGCCAUUUCAGCUACCUUGCUCAAGACAUUGAAGACGCGGGGAGUGGCCAAGCUCAAGAACCACGGUCUCCCAGAAGACCUGAUUUCACAGCUCUUUGAUUACACCCGUAAAUUCUUCGAGCUUUCACUGGAGGACAAGAUGACUGCCAAACAUCCACCCCAAGCCAACCCCAAUCGCGGAUACAGCUUUAUCGGACAGGAGUCCGUGGGGAGCAUCAGUGGCUACGAGAAAGGCAUUGCCCAAACAAAGUCGGUCCGAGAUAUCAAGGAAACGUUGGAUAUCGGCUCUGCGCACGACGACUUGGUAGACAAUAUCUGGGUCGCGGAUGAGAAGCUUCCCGGUUUCCGUGCAUUUAUGGAAGAUUUCUACACAAGCUGUUUCAAGGUCGAGCUCGAGAUUCUUGACGCGUUAGCCAAGGCCCUGAACAUUUCAGGUCCGGACCUCAGAGCCCUGCACAACAAAGCCGAGAACGAGUUCCGUCUCCUUCACUACCCAGCCAUCCCCGCCUCUGAGCUUGCGGACGGAUCGGCGACCAGAAUUGCAGAGCACACAGAUUUCGGUACCAUCACCAUGCUAUUCCAAGACUCAACGGGAGGUCUCCAAGUCGAGGACCAGACAAACCUCGGUACCUUCCACGGCGUCGAGUCGGGUGGCAGAUCGGAGAUUAUUCUCAAUAUCGGUGACUCGCUGCAACGCCUCACCAAUGACACGUUCCGAGCUGCAUGCCAUCGUGUCACUUAUCCUCCCACAGUGAAAGUGGGCUCGGAUGAAAUGAUCCCUGAGCGCUACUCCAUUGCAUACUUUGCCAAGCCGAACCGUCUCGCUUCGUUAUUCCCGCUAAAGGAGUUUAUUACACCUAGCACUCCCUGCAAAUAUGAGGACAUCACUGCCUGGGACUACAACAACCUUCGAAUUGCUAAGCUCUUCUCCUGA